AUGGGGCAUCGCCGUCAUUUUUUUUGUGGUCGCACAGACUUCGACUUUACCUUGACCAAGUUUUGGGUGAAUGGCAAGAGGGGUGACUCCUGCCACGCCGUGAUCGAUGAGAGCGGGUUGUUGGGGGAGGGUUUCCACAAGAGAACCUCGGAGCUAAGGGACCACUACUAUCCGCUAGAGGUGGCUCCGGACCUUUCGCCAGAGAUGCGAGUGGAAAUGAUGGUGGAGUGGGUCACCAAAGCUCAUGAGGCGAUGGUGGCGGCUGGCAUAACCAAGGACAUACUGUCGGCCGCGGUCUCAAAGGCCAACCUCCUAUUUAGGCCUGGCCACGGCGAGCUCCUCCGCUGGGUGGACAAGUACGGGGUCCCGCUCCUCAUGUUCAGCGCAGGCAUCGCUGACGUCCUAGAGGAGGCGUUUCGACAGCACUCCGCGGAGCCCCUGCCGUCCACGAGCCGCGUAGUCUCCAACAGGAUGGCUUUCGAUGAGGACGGGAACAUGACCGGCUUUGUGGGAGAGUGCUUCCACGUGUUCAACAAGCACGCCUCUUCUUCGGCAGUGAAACCCUACUUUGAAACGGACGAGAUGCGAUGUAGGAGUAGCGUUCUGCUGCUAGGGGACAGUCUAGGAGAUCUCAACAUGGCCAAGGGCCUUAGCGCGGAGGAGAUUCUGACCGUCGGGUUUCUCAACGAUAAGAUCGAGGAACGGACGGAUGCCUACUUGAAGGCGUACGAUGUCAUCAUCCUCGGCGAUGGGGGUUUCGACUUUGUUCUCGAGCUUUUGGAAGAAGUGGCCUCCAAAUAGAUACUUCUAAAUAAUUAUUCAGGUUGCUGGUUUUACUAUGGUUGAGUAUUUACGGAAGAAAUUUGGUACCGCGGGAAUUCAGACGGUUCAACUGGAGGAGGUGAAUAGGUGCUUUCGGGAGUCUGGCCAGGAGGCCAGCGCUCGGCGAUAGCGGUGUUGCUUCCCGUCAUGUCGAGGUGUCCAGGUGUCGAGGUGUCGAGGAAGAGGUGGCCUCCGAAUAGACUGCUGUUCCCUUCAUUGAUGUAAGUAUCGUUGUGCUGGCCCGUCGUUGAAGAGUAGCCUUCGUUCGCAGGUUUCGGGGAAGUUGGGUUAGGGUUAGGGUUAGUGAAUCGGGUCUGCGUCUCCCCCCCCU